ACGUCUGUUUCACCACUGAGUGCUACGAAAUCGUCUCGAGUCGCCGGUCGUGCCGCGUGCCUGCCGCGUAUCCCCGCGUGGUCGGUGCGUCGCGCAACGCCGAGUAUUGCCGCGCUCCGCCCGGCGUCGUUAGGCAGUAUACCAUAGUGAUAUCUCCGUCGCCCCGCCGUUUUUCGCUCCGUGUUGACGCGAGUUUUACUGCGAGUGUUGCUACGAGGGCGGUGGGAGAGUGUCGGGGAGGGGACGGCGCGAGCGGAACGGAAGAGUCGACGAUCGGUCUCGAAAAUUCGAGACUCGCUCUCGAGAUCGUGCGUGCGCGCGCGCGCGCACGCUCGCUCGCUCGCUCGCUCACUCGCUCGUUCCAAGUGGUGCAUUCAAGGAUAGACGAGGAACGAGAGCGAGAAGCCGACACCCGGAUGGCGAUAUGAUCGGAUCGUGUCGCAACGACGCAACCGUCGCGAGCACGUAUCCGCCCGGGCCGCGGUGUAUCACCGAGUGGCCGCUCUAGUUUUCGCACUAUCAGUGCCGUAAACAUCGCGCACGUAAAUACACACGCUUACGCACAUACGCGAGCGUAUGCGCGCGCGCGCGCGCCAAUACACGCGCUGCGCGUCGGCUGUCUCUCUUUCUCUCUCUCUCUCUCUCUCUCUUUCUCCCUUUCUCCGCCUGCUAGUCGUCGAGCCUGUCCGUGUGUACGUGUUGCGCGCCGCGGGGACAUACACCGCUCUCACAGCGCGGCGAAUCUUGGCGUCCGGAAUUCGCUGCCCGGUCGCGAUUCUGUGUUAUCGUAGCGCGAGGGUGCGACGAGAGAGCGUGCAGCGUGUGCGUUGAAGGAACGCGUUGACGCGUUGCACUAGCACGACGAGACUCGGGCGAAUCCGCGAAGCGUACGGCAGGAGGAGUGUCGUCGCGUCUUUCUCUACGGGUGGUCGUCGAGGAGGUUAGAAUUCGUGACGUACAGCCCCUCUCGGGUCUGCGUCACGUCUGGACCGAGAGUGCGGGGAGUGUAGCGACGAGUGCUUUCGUCGCGCGAUUGACCAACGAAUACUUGAAAGUAUCGUGGUCGCGGUAAUCCCCUGUCUGGUUGUCGCCAGCCGUCGCAAGCACCCUGUUCACGACUGUCGACUGUGUACGAAGUACGGAGUCUUGGUCUCGGCCCCGUACAAAAGAGCCAUCGCGAGCACCGACCGCGCGAUCUCUGUGAUAAGAGAAGGACUGCUCCGCGCCGCAUAAGCUUGCGAGCCGAUCAGCUCGUUGCGCUACGCGUCGCGUUCGAAGGAGUAAACGUGUGUCGCGCGGCAGUGGUGAGAUAGUGGUGUUGGUAGUGGUGGUGUACGGUCGCGCGUGGCAUAAAAAAAUGAUGUGAUCGACGGUCAUCAUGGCGGCACCCAUGCUAAAGUGGAAGCGGAUCACAAAUCCGACCGGGCCCCAGCCGAGACCCAGGCACGGCCACCGGGCGGUAGCGAUUAAGGAUCUCAUGGUCGUUUUCGGCGGCGGUAACGAGGGUAUCGUCGACGAGCUACAUGUUUACAACACGGCCACAAACCAAUGGUUCGUUCCGUCUACGAGAGGCGAUAUCCCACCAGGAUGCGCGGCUUACGGUUUCGUCGUCGACGGCACACGCAUCUUGGUCUUUGGUGGGAUGGUGGAGUACGGCAAGUACUCCAAUGAACUGUACGAACUCCAGGCGAGCAAGUGGGAAUGGAAACGGCUGAAGCCAAAGCCACCCAAGGACAAUAUCCCGCCGUGUCCGCGUCUAGGACACAGUUUCACUCUCAUUGGUAACAAGGUCUUCCUAUUCGGAGGUCUGGCGAACGACAGCGACGACCCGAAGAAUAACAUACCGAGAUAUCUGAAUGAUCUGUACACACUCGAGCUGCUUCCUAACGGCGUGACCGCCUGGGACGUGCCGACGACACAAGGUUCCUCACCACCUCCCCGGGAAUCACAUACUGGUGUGGCGUACACCGACCGUACGACUGGCAAGUCGUGCCUGGUGAUCUAUGGUGGUAUGAGUGGUUGCCGUUUGGGCGAUUUGUGGUUCUUAGAUGUUGACUCGAUGACUUGGAAUAGACCGAUCGUUCACGGCCCCACUCCCUUACCUCGAUCACUCCACACUGCCACAUUAAUUGGUCACCGUAUGUACGUCUUUGGAGGAUGGGUGCCACUGGUCGUCGACGAUGUCAAAGUCGCGACACACGAGAAGGAAUGGAAGUGCACGAGCACCUUGGCGUGUCUGAAUCUAGAAACUCUCACUUGGGAGCAACUAACCGUCGAUUCCUUGGAGGAGAACACUCCUCGCGCUCGAGCUGGUCAUUGCGCGGUAGGUGUCCACAGCAGGCUCUACGUAUGGUCCGGUAGAGAUGGGUAUCGUAAGGCUUGGAACAAUCAGGUGUGCUGCAAGGACCUGUGGUACCUCGAAGUCAGCAAACCGCCAGCACCUUCCCGAGUUCAGCUGGUCAGGGCUUCCACGCAAACGCUGGAGGUCAGUUGGACAGCGACCCCGUCCGCGCAAUAUUACAUUCUUCAGAUACAAAAGUACGACAUGCCGCCGGCGGCGACCGCGGGUGUUUUCCCGCCGGUGAGCGCACCCACGCCAAACGUCACUCCUGUCACCGCCGCCCCGGCUGUGGCCACACCGGCAACCGUGCCGAUCACGUCGCCUCCUGUGACCACUGUGGCUUCUAUCCCGACUAACCCGACUUCCGUCAGAUCAGCCGUGAUACCGGUGGCGCCGCUGCGAGUGCAGCCAACGGUACAGAGCCCGGUGCAGAAGACUGUGCCGCCGCAACAAGUCGUACAGAAAACGACUAGUCCCAUGACGCCGAGAGUCGCUGCCGGCAAUGUCAUACGAAUCCGUUCCCCGUUAAUCACCACCGCGACGGCGGCGACAACGUCGACGGCGGCAGCGGCGGCGACGGUGGUGGUCACCACUGAGCAACAGCCACAGCAGCAACAAACCUCUCCCACUGUGACUACCACCGUGGCGACCGGUCAAACGCCCGCCGCCAUGUCCGGCAUAGCUGCAUUGGCCGCGGCAGCGGCGGCGACGCCGAAGAUCACCAUGAACAAUGUCCCCAUCUUGCCGCAAGCUGCGACCAAUACCAUUAGAAUGAAGAACGUUCAGCCGGGUCAGCAGAUACGCUUCGCCACGCCCGGCGCGACAGUACUGCGCACGGCGUCGCCACCGCAGAACAAGCAGAUCAUCCUGCAGAAGUCGGGCCAGAACAUAUCUGGUCAAACUGGAAUCGUGCAUCUGCUGAAAACUGGUCAGGUGGCCUGCGGCAUGAUGGCCGCGACGGGACCCAAGGUGAGUCUCAUCCCCAGCAAGGCGGUUCAAGGCACCGGAGUGAAGCUCCUGAAUCACGGGCCGGCGAUAUUGCGACUGGUGAACCCCAACACGGUAGCGGGGUCGAAGCUGCUCACGACCAUGAAGACCUCCGGCUUGGUGACGAUGAGCAAGGGACAAAAUAUCACCGGCAAGCAGACUAUUAUGAUCGCCAAGCCGGGUGGCAACGGCGGAUUGGUCGGCAGAACCAAUCAGAUCAUCGUAGUCACUACGGGUUCCGGUCUGAGAGCCGUGCAGACGGUAACUACUUCGCAAGCUGGCGCAGGCCAAGGGACCAAUCUCACGACCCCGGUGAACGUGUUACCCUUGUCGGCCACCAAUCACGUGACGAAUCAGCAAGGUGUCAAGAUGAUCGUCGUGUCCUCGGGCGCGAUGGUGGGCGGAACCGCUGGCAAGCCCAUAACCAUCACAGUACCGGGACAAGGCGGUGUACCAAAGACAGUGACUAUCGCCACCAAGGGCAGUCCACAGGCAAUCUUUAAUCCUGGCAAGAGCCAAAUCGUCAUGCCGCAGAUACAAAAGACUCCAGAAGCGGUAACGAUGUCUGGUAAACCGGUAACUCUGCAAAUGUCUGGAGGCAUAGGUGCGAAGACGGUGACGCUUAUGCCAACAAGUAGUUCCAUAGUGACUACUUCGAGUGCGUCGGAUUCGAUAGACACCAGCAAGAUGCUCUUUGUUCCGUCGCAGAAGCAGCCUUCGGCUUCUUUAGCCUCAACGUCUGACGGUCCCGCUACUACUGACGCAGCUUUAGCCGCUUUAGCAGCAGAGGCGGGUCUAAUCGACCCGGUGCAGGAGCCAUCUGGUGGUCUGUCGUUUAUGGUAGCUACAGACGACGGUGCUGGCGGUGACGGUAAAGUGGAGGACAGUUGUAACGGUAACGAGGCGACCACAGCGGCCGCCUUGGUUUCCCAAAUGGGCGCGGGUGAACCGAUGCAAGUCGAUGGCGAUGGCAACUUUGUGCUUCCACAAGUGGACGGUCCGACCGACAUUCUCCUGUCUGAGGACGAAGAGAACGAUAAGAUCGACUUGGACGAGAACCCCGCUCCUGAGAAUGCCUCGGAGUCGGCCGUUGAUGAGCCGACACCCAUGGAGCAAGACGACGUUAACGCGGCCGAGAGUAUCCAUGCGGAAGAGCCCGUUGUGAAGGAGGAGAAGGAGGAGGAAGCCGCGGCCGAAGCGACAGCCGAUUUGCCUGAAGACAUCCCCGCCACUGACCAAGUGCCCGAGGAAACUGAUGGUGCUACUGACAAUCCGCCGACCGACGAAGAGACACCCGUAGAUACCAAUGUUGGUACCAAGGCGGAACUACCGGACGAAAAGGAGAUUGAUAUCGAUAAUACGUUGCCCGACGAAGUGAAAGUGGAGAAAUCCGAGUUGCCUUUCGUACAAUCACCAGCAACGCAAGCUCCUGCCGAAGUGGAGGAAGUGCCGUUGACAAAUGUCGCCGAUUCGGCAGAACCUAAAAGCGAGAACCAAGAGGAUCAUCAAGAUGAAAACAAUGAAACGAAGAGCAUGAAGGCAGAGUAUCUUUCCGACAACGAAAAAUCGCCAGCGCCUGAAGCUCCACCGCCCGUUGAAGACAGCGUGCCGCAGCUCCCCAAGGAAGAAGCUGAGGAAAUUGAGAAGAUCAAGGACGAAGCUGUGGAACCAGAAGCCAAUCUACCGACCGAGAAAGCAGAUAUUUCUCUCGUGAAAUCGGAAGACGCCGAUGAGCCAAUGGUCACGGACAGCGCGUUGCCUGUGACAGACGUGGAUCAGUUACCAGUAACAACACCCGUCGUCACACCGAACGUGCCAGCAAAGUCAGAACCCGCGGACGAACCGAUGGAACCGAUAGAACCGAUGGAACAGGACAAAUUCUCCGACCUACCAAUCUCGUCGAUUAACGGAGUCGCCGCUUCUCUCGAAAAGGAAGCCGAAAGUCCGCAAAAGAUUCACACUCCUAUCAAAAUCGACAUCAAAGAGGAUAACGCGAUUUCGAAGAGGGACAGCCUGAAGCAGGAGAAAAUAAAUGACGCCAGAUCAGAUGAUGACUCCACGGCUUUGUCUACGUUAGCAAGCGCCGCCUUGGGCUCAACGGAGACAUCGGUGAAAGUUAAAACCGAGCAGAGCGAGGAUGAGAAGAAGGAUCCAGAGUGGUAUGACGUGGGAGUUAUAAAAGGAACUACUUUCACAGUUCAACACUAUUAUCUUUCCGGUGACGAACCGUUGGAUAUAACGCAACCCUUAACGAUGGACGUUUUCAAAGAAAGGACUAAAAUAGCACUGGAGCCCGGAACUGCCUACAAGUUUAGAAUUGCCGCUGUGAAUAGCUGUGGACGAAGUGCCUGGAGCGAGGUAUCGGCAUUUAAAACGUGUCUUCCGGGAUUCCCGGGUGCACCGAGCGCUAUAAAGAUAUCGAAAUCCGCGGACGGCGCACAAAUCUCUUGGGAGCCACCGCCUAGCAACGUCGGGCCCAUUCUCGAGUAUUCCGUCUAUCUGGCGGUGAGAAGUACAGCGUUGAACAAUGACGGCGAGGCGAAAACAGUCGUGUCUACACCAAAUCAAUUAGCCUUUAUUAGAGUUUAUUGCGGCUCGAGUAAUUCCUGUUCGGUGAACAAUAGUGCCCUUAACGCCGCUCACGUGGACACCACUACGAAACCGGCCAUAAUCUUUAGAAUAGCAGCGCGAAACGACAAAGGUUACGGACCAGCCACGCAAGUCAGGUGGUUGCAAGAUCCCACCACCGGUGUGAAGGGUAAUCCGCAAGCCGUGAAGAGACCCGGCACAGACCUACGCACGCAGGUGAAUUCUCCGCAAAAGAAGGCGAAGCAAGAGAUAACUAGUGAUAAUUUCUCGUGAGCCUGUUCUCCCCCUGGCCUCGUACAGCCGAAACUCCCACAAGCGACGCUGCUACAUUAUUUAAUUUCCGCCGGUCCACAUGCCUAACAACGAUAAACAAAACAAUUGUAUUAUCGAGUAAACGAAGAAAUGAAUGCGUGAACGAAGAACGUAAGAAAGCGAGAGAGGAAGAAAGUGAGGAAGGAGGAACGAAAGAAAAAUAGAUAAAGAAAGGGACGCGAUAUUUAGACCGAGAUAGGAACAUACGAUUUGAAAAAAAAAAGAAAAGAAAAGAAAAAAACAUUUAAGAAAGAAAAGUAUUUUUAGCGUUCUCUCUGUACGAAUACAAUAUCCUUCUGUACCGCCGCGUUUCUUACUCAUCGUCAUCCUAUUUCUUUUCUUGCGAGUACGCGAGAAUCUUCUGUAAAAAAAUACCAUGAGUAUCGUUAAUAAAUGACGAGGUGGUUAUUUUUUUGGAGUUAAGUAAGUUUUUCCAUGUUUAUAUAGCGUUUUCUACGGACGGUACGACAUAUCACUCUACAAUGCUCACACAGUUGCAUCAUGGAAAAAAAAGGAGAUCACGGAUCAUACGUUCGCGCAAGUUUAUUUUGUAGGCGUUGCCGGGAAUGAGUAGCCGGACAGGAUUCGUAUUCUAUAUUUCGCAUAUCUUUCCGAAUUAUCAUAUACAGUGUUCCGUGUUUGUUAAGGCAACUGGGAAGAUAAUACUACAUGAAACAGCAAUAUAAAACAAUAUCUUUUCGCACAUAUACACACGAGGCUUUCGAGAGUUUCAAUAUCUAAAAUUGGAAAAUAAAACGAUAUCUUCCCAUUUUGUGACAUUUCAAUGUACUGCUUGAGUUACUUUUAACUAUAGGUUUUGUAAUUAGUUUUAGUUACGUUUUGUCAAAAUACAUUUUAUUCUUUUAAUUACAUACAUUUACUGAUGAGAUAUCUAGAGUGAUGUGUCACACAAGUAUAUGAAAUAUCCAUUCAUCGAUAAUAGAACAUUGAUCAUCGAGCGCAAUCGUUCAAAAAAAUGAAAGUGUGACUGACAAAACAUGUUCUACAUCUUCGCGAUAAUAUUUUCAUGUAGAAUUAUUGAUCAUCCUAUUGUAUCCCACCAGUGUGUUACGGAACACUAUAUAUUCAAGACAAAGAGAGAGAGAGGGAGAGGGAGAGGUUUUAAUGAGAAAAAAAAUUCACAAAUUCCUUAUAAUAUAUUUAUCAUUGAUAGAACAUCUGCAAUUCUUUUGACACUCAUCAUUAGGCAGAAAAAGCUCGCUUUUGAAAUGUAGGUAUUUAGUGUACAUAAAACUCUUGCAUUGACAAAUGUGUUUAUCAUAUUACGAGGCAAUGAAAUAAAAUACUUUUUGAUAAGGUAGAAUAAUUGGGAGAUAUCCACAUAUACUGUGCAAACCUUGAUAGUCUCCUAUUUCUAUCUGCUCGUUUACGUCUUAAUUUCGUGCAAAGAAAGAAGAGAAAAGAUGAGUUCUUAUCGUUUCAUCGAUUUAGUUUUACACACGACAAUCGGUGCUAAUACAUUAUUCCGGAUACUUUUGUUACUGCCAGAUGCGACCAGAUUGUGUUAUCGAAAGAGCAACACGCGCAUUAAAGUGCAAAAUUGUCUCUGCUGAGGCGCAUAACACCGAGUUACUUAUUUGCUUUCGGUCGAACACUUGCAACGAUGCAGAUAUAUUUUGUAUAAAAAAUAUAGAUCUAAAUGAGAAUUAUACAUGUAUAAUUAAUGAAUGUGUCCCUAAGGAUGGGCUCUAGGACGAUUAUUGAUAUUUUAGCGAAUAAAGAGAGCUCUCCGAGGAAAAUUUAAGGAUAUUUUUAGACGGCAACGAAACGAUUGUUUGAAUACUAAUAUAUCCGGAUAACGGUAGAAUAUAUACGUCUUUACGUAAAUUCUAAUCUUUUAUAGUGUUAAGACAGACAUAGAGCGAAUAAACGGGAAGAUUAGAUACGCGAGAGAAAGGUAAGAGGUGGCACACCAUGUACCGUCGCGCUAGAGGGAGGGGACACGUAGUGUAUCCGUAACUUUUUUUUUUCAA